AUGAUUUUGGAGGAUCAACGGCUUGAUGUCUCCAUGGAAUCCUCACGGCAUUCGAGGUACCAGCACCCGGACCUCCAAGGGUCCGAUGUCCCAGGGGUCCAAACGGGGUCCGACGAAACAAGCCAGAAUGAACCUUGUUAUAGCGAUGACGUUUUCCCGGACUGGCGGACGUCCCUUGGAUCAGCUGGAGAUUUCCUUUCACUUUAUCAUUCCAAGGUUGACGUGCUGUCGUCAGCAGCGGAACAUCAACGGCUACCUGCGAGGCUAUCAGGCGCGAUCAACGUGCAGGAAGCCACAGGUCUGCAAGGGCCAACAACCGACAAACAUUUCGCAGAGGCGAAGUUGUUGAAAGCUUCACCAACUGGGGAGAUCCAUAGAGAUUUACGUGGCCAAAGUGAUGAAUUUUUGUGGUCUGCUGGGACUGAGUUUGCAGAGAAUGGCAUCAUUUUGGGAAAGCUCUGGUUCGCUUCAUGUUGCACCGUAUGCUAUCCCGGACAGGUGAUCAAGGACUGCCACGCCUACGACGCAGGAUACUGCGAAGACUGCCCUGUUGGAAGGUUCAAUCUUUACACCUAUGCGGGAAGCGAAUGUGAGCCCUGCCAACCUUGUGAAGCUGGCAGGGUGCGCCGCCGCUGUGGACCUUCGACGCAGGGAACUUGCAAUGAAUGUGAAGCAGGGAAGGAAUACAAAUUGAAGGGGUUGGAAGGAUCCUAUACGGAUCCAUGCUUGCCCUGUGAGGAGUGUCCUACGGGCCAUAUGCGCGUGGGCUGUGGUGGUGCCAGUCCGGGAUAUUGUGCACCUUGUCAGGGUGGAAGCUUCUUUGCCGCGCCUUUUUGUCGGAACUGCUUUACCUGCUUCCCUUUGGAACGCAUUCGACAUGGUUGCGGUGGACAGCAACAAGGAGUUUGCACCGAAUGCAGCAAAGGAAGGUAUGAGGACCGAACAGCAGACCCGAGACGAGACAUUUUGACCAACGGAACGGCUGGUAGAUCUGAGUUGGCAGACGUCUCAGAAGCAUGUUUAGAAUGUGCCCAAUGCACCGAACCAACUUCCACAGAGCUGGUUGAGGGGCUACAGCUUACCGGUGCUUGGGCGCGGAUUGGUUGCGGCGGCAUGGCUUCCGGCCGCUGUGUCAGGAUGGCUACCGGAUUGGAGCUGCAGGAUGUCCCACGCUGUCCUUCCAGCGUUGAUACUGAAGCACUCUGUGAGGGUUCAGAGAUUGCAGCAAGGUGGAGCAUUCAAGGCCUUUCGCAGCGGCAACUGGAUGCAACGUAUGGUGACUGCACAGUUGCAACUGGACUUUGCCUCAGUGGUUUCUUCCGUGUGAAGUUGAUGCAACGUCAAGUGGAUGCUUUCGAUGGUGUGGAGAUGGCGGAGCUUGGGGACUUCUUCAGCGCAGAGCUCGAGCACCUUUCCAGUUUGGACGGAGCAAAUGCUGUGAUGGUGAAGAGGGGCCUUCAGCUCCCCACUGGCCUUCCAGAGGCCUCAGGCUACUUCCUGCGAGUCUUCUUCUACGACGCUGGCGGGUGCGCCGCUGCGCCGCGUAUGAUCUCAACCGGCAGCCACUGGGGCACCAUGGAAGCUGGGUCCUUCAUCCAGGAUUUUAGUCUGGAAGGACGAGAACUUCUCGUGAAGGAAGCACUGGAAUUGACCAGUGAAGACAUCUCAGGGGGUCUCUGGGAGGAUGCGUUUGCACGCGUCAGUGAAACUUGUGCCACUACUGCGACUCCCAGCAGCUGGAUUGCUUGUGAGACAGCCAAGGCUGCAGAUCGGCUUCCCUGCGAUGGGAAUGUUCGGACCAAUCGACCAAGGCCAAUGCCUCUGUUGCACUCUGCAGGGAGUGCUGAGGUGGCUGCCAUGGGUGCUGCCUUCUCGGUGAAUGAGGCUGGCGAUAGAUUGGUGGACAUCGAGCAGAUCUACAAUGCUAUUGUGGACAAGAUCCCAGAAAACGCCACAGUCUGGCAACACUUGAUGCAGCCCCUCUUCGUUGGACAAAGUCUGGUUGGCAGCGUUGGACUUUUGGAGAACACCACGACCACAAGCACAAUGUUUCCCAUGUUCACCGCUCAGGAGGCGAAGGCCCGUCUAGAGCUGUUGAAGAGUGGCGCACAGGAGCUAUCAACAGCUGCUACUGCGCUGCACCAGCAAUGGGCUUCCGAAAUUUCCAGUGGCGCCCGGCUGUUGCCGCCGAAAUUGCAAAAUCUCCAGGAGAUUGAUCGUUUGACGGGUGAAAGCACCAAAAAUGCCACCUUUGACGUGGUUCGCAUGGCUCAAGCCAUUACUUGGAAACUUUCCCAUGAGCUCAGCGAUAUGAAGAACUCUGCGACCCUGUCGUUGGAUGACAAGGAGACAAAGAUGGGGGAACUUCUUCAACGUAUAGGAUCUAUGGCCCUGAUGCUUCUUGGCACCUGGGGAAAUUCCUGGUACCAUGGGAUCGAUUGGCGCUUGAAAUGCCAGGUGCGUGAGGGUGAUGAGUUGCAGUGGCCGCCCUUGAUGACGGGCUCAGCUCUGGGGGGGGCAGAGCCACCGCCUGGAGCCAUUCCGGUGGCAGAAGCCAGGAAUCGACUGUGGAAGAACUUCGAAGAGGUGGCCCAGUCUUGCUUUAGCUAUGCGGAUGAGCUCCUACUGGCCAUCAGCACACGGACAACCACCACAGCAUCUACAACACCCACACCCACCACAUCCACCACGCCUGUUGCAUCGACAACCGAGGAUUCAGGCGGCUCGAGAAGGCUUAGCUUCUCUACCAGGAGUUUGGAUCGGGUGCUGCCAAUGGUGCGAAAAGUGCUCGUUGAGGUUGAAGGUUUCACCGAGCAGGUGGUGGAGCCCCUAACCCGUGAUGGCGCUUUGCUGCUGGCUGGAGAUUUGCCAAACAUUUCCUUCCCAGGCACUGGAAGUUGCAGCGUCCGUGGCUGGUGCCUGUCCUUUGCGACCGAAUUCUUUGAUAAAGACGUCAUUCUCUCGGAUGUUUGGGAAGGUUUCGGAGCCCAAGCCGUGCGACCUUGGAUCGAUCCUCGCAUCGAAGAUUUACGCCUCAAGGACGCUUCAGAGGAGGUUCUGGCGUUGGUGUGGGGUCGGCUGCGGAUCUUGGAGGAGAUUUUACUGGAGGUCGUGGACCUAAGAUAUGUGCAGCAGCAACCGAGCAUCGGGUCCGAGAUUGCCAGCUCAUCAGAGAAGCUGUCCAUGCACUUGUCACGACUCCUGACUUGGUCAGAGGCGCCGCAGAAUGUGACCAUCUUGAGCGAUCGUCCUGAUGCCUUGUGGCACUGGCAGGAGCUCAAACGUCUCCAGACGUUUCUCACCGCGGCGCGGCGCAGCGCCGCCCUGUUGGCCCGGCGACGCCUGGGCCGCAUCGAAGCCUUGGCAGCGUGGCUGGCGCGACAGAGGGACGAUGGAUAUUUCUUGGGCCCCGCAGGGUGGAGCUGGCGUCAGCCCUGGACUGCUUGGAGUCCGAGGCAGCCUGGUAGUAGCAGUGGAGCCUUCUUUGCGGCCAACGAUGCCGCAAGGAAUAAGCUCCAGCAAUCCAUUGACGAUCAGGAGCUCUUGGCAGCGACCAGCGGCUCACAAGCAUAUUUACGAAUUGACGCCACGUCGACGAAUCGACCGGUGGCAUUUGCAGGGCUGCUGAAGAGCGGCAGCACCAUUCUACGUAUUCGAGCACCAGGUGAUAAGCCUCAUUUGAUGAUGCAUGCAGAGGCAAAAGCCUUCCUUCUGUCGCCUGACAAUUUGGUGUCGCCACUGCAAGCUGGUGAGGAGACGGGUGAGGCGCCUAGUGGGACUUAUGCACAAGCGCACGUGGAGUUGAGGUUGAAGCGAUUGGUGGGCGCCUUUGACGUCACCAACACUGCGGUCGAGCCCACCAUGGAAGGCUCCUUGCCCUUCGUCACGCGCCAUGAGCGCCGCAACUGCGAAGUGCUGCCGGAGGUCUUUGCAGAGAGGCAUCCUGAGAUUGUUCCGGCAGCCCUGCUACCCUUGGAUGGAUUUUGGGUCCUAACUGCUCGGGACGGAACCAACGCUCGGUUUCUGAACAUCGAUGAAGGGACCACCAUCCGACUGCUCUUCCAACUGGACGUACCGUCAGGGACACCUCCAUGGCGACUACUGGAAGACACCACGGAUGUCCUCUACAAGUUGCCUGGAGACGGUGACUUGGGCUACAGGUGUUUGCGAAAACUUGCAGCCAAUCUUUGGCACAUGGCCGGAGACUUGCCGCACAAAGAGACCAGCACAUUUCCUCCAACCACUCGAACCACCUUAUACACCGUCACAGCCACCACUCGAGCUGUCUUUCUCACCACAACGCGCGAUCCAGUGGUUGUGAUCCCUGCAGAGGAUGAAGGGCUGGUCCUGGCGCCUCGACUCACCACAAUACCUCCACGAGCAGCUCCCCAAGAACCCUGGACACCACCUGUUUGGCUUUGGGCUGGUCUUUUCGUGCUGGCUCUGGCCGGUUGCGGCUUGGGCGUACGUUUCUACAUCAAGCGCCGACGACGCCGGUUACUGGAGGUGCUGCCCGAAGAGUUAGAGGAGGGAAAGGGAAAGAAGGACGAGAAGAUGGAGAAGGUCGCGCCCACCAUCCUUCAGGAGAACAGGGACGGCACCUUGCGCGGCGCAGCUGAUGCGAAGUCCUCCAAUCAGUACGCCAUGGCAAAGAAGAACGCCAAGAAGCAGGCUUCCAAAAAGGGCAGCAGUUGGGAGAUUUCAGACACACCCAGAGACAAAGACGAGGACGAUGCCUGGUCUGAAGCUUCUACACCUGAAGGUUCUGAAGAAAGCGGUGGCAGCAGUCGUUCUGGCUCGGCCAGUGACAGUGGCGGCUCCCAUGGCUCCCACAGCAGCCCUGCAGUGUCACCACGAACAGCUCUGGCACAGAAGGCCUUGCAGCAACACAUGCAGCAGUUCAGCCCGGAGCAGCUCGCAGCCAAUGCCCUGGGAAGCCAUGCGCAUCGUUUCAGUACGGAUCAGAUUGCUGCAAACGCCUUAGAGGCCCAUGCAGCACAGUUGGCGGACAGAGGAGCUUCCAAGACCUCCAAGGCCGAGAUCUUGGGAGACCUCCAGUGGGGUUCGCAAGGAUCAUACUACAGACCUGUGCCGCAUACAUAUGUAUAUAAUUUGUAUAUAUAUAUAUCUAUGUAA